AGUCGGGUUUCCCCAAAGAUGGCGGCGUUCGGGAUCCUGAGUUAUGAGCACAGGCCGCUGAAGAGGCCUCGGCUCGGGCCGCCGGACGUGUACCCGCAGGAUCCCAAGCAGAAAGAGGAUGAGCUGACGGCACUGAAUGUCAAGCAGGGCUUUAACAACCAGCCCGCGGUGUCCGGGGACGAACACGGCAGCGCCAAAAACGUCAACUUCAAUCCUGGCAAAAUCAGUUCGUAUUUCAGCAGUAUCAUUGCCGAGAAGCUGCGAUGUAACACAUUCCCCGACACCGGUAAGAGGAAGCCUCAGGUUAAUCAGAAAGACAGCUUCUGGCUGGUAACCGCCCGCUCUCAGCCUUCCAUCCACAACUGGUUCACUGACCUCGCUGGAACUAAACCACUCACCCAGCUCGCCAAAAAGGUGCCUAUAUUCAGUAAGAAGGAGGAGGUAUUUGGGUACCUGGCCAAGUACUCGGUGCCGGUCAUGCGGGCGGCCUGGCUGAUAAAGAUGACCUGUGCUUACUAUGCAGCCAUCACUGAAACCAAGAUGAAGAAACGGCACGUGAUUGACCCGUGUAUAGAGUGGACCCAGAUCAUCACUAAAUACCUUUGGGAGCAGCUACAGAAGAUCGCAGAGUCUUACCGUCUGCCAUGCUCGCAGGGCAGCGGGACCCCCGCACAGCCCCCCGCCCCCGAGGUGGAGCUGACCAUGAAGCAGUGGGAAUAUAAUGAAAAGUUGGCACUUUACAUGUUUCAGGACGGGAUGCUGGAUAGACACGAGUUCCUGACCUGGGUGCUCGAGUGUUUUGAGAAGACGCCCGGGGAGGACGAGCUCCUCAAGUUGCUGCUGCCAUUGAUGUUACAGUACUCGGGGGAGUUUGUGCAGUCUGCCUACCUCUCCAGGCGUCUGGCUUACUUCUGUACCCGCCGCCUCUCUAUGCUGCUGGGUGAUGCCAGUGGCCCGGCUGUGACAGGAGGGCACCAGUCCCAUGUGAUGCCAACACCCAGCACCAACACCUUGCCCUCAACUCCAACCCCCCCACCCAGCGGUGGGACCCAACCUCAGUCUCCCUUCAUGGACUUUUACAUCUGCCCUCAGCAUCGGCCGGUGGUCUUCGGGCUCAGCUGUAUGCUUCAGAGUAUUGUUCUGUGUUGCCCGAGCGCCCUGGUCUGGCACUAUUCGCUGACUGAUUGCAGGAACAAGACGGGAUCGCCCCUGGAUCUUUUACCCAUCGCACCAUCCAGCCUACCCAUGCCAGGCGGGAAUUCCAACUUCACCCAGCAGGUCCGGGCCAAGGUGCGGGAGAUAGAAGAGCAGAUUAAGGAGCGUGGGCAAGCGGUGGAGGUCAGGUGGUCGUUUGAUAAAUGCCAGGAAACCACUGCAGGUUUCACCAUAGGCCGAGUGCUCCACACGUUGGAGGUGUUGGACAGCCAUAGCUUUGAGAAGUCCGACUUCAACAACUCACUGGACUCGCUGUACAACAGGAUCUUUGGGUCGGGACAGAACAAGGAUGGGCACGAGAUGCUGCCUGAUGACGAUGCUGUGAUGACGUUGCUGUGUGAGUGGGCUGUGAGCUGUAAGCGCUCGGGCCGGCACCAGGCCAUGGUGGUGGCUAAGCUGCUGGAGAAGAGGCAGGCCGAGAUCGAGGCCGAGAGAUGCGGUGAGUCGGAGGUGGUUGAUGAGAAAGGCUCCGUGUCGUCAGGUUCCCUGACCACCGCCAGCGUACCCGUCUUCCAGGAUGUGCUGGUGCAGUUCCUGGACACUCAGGCUCCAAUGCUGACUGACCCCAGCAGUGAGAGUGAGAAGGCUGAGUUUGCUAACCUGGUGCUGCUGUUCUGUGAGCUGAUCCGGCAUGAUGUCUUCUCCCACAACGUAUACAUGUGCACACUCAUCUCUCGCGGAGAUCUGGCCUCUGAGAGCCAGGGGGCCCGAGCUCGCUCCCCCACCGAGGACACAGCAGAGGAGCAGGAACACAAGGAGCAGGAAGCUAACAACAGUGUGAAACUGGAGGACACCGGCUUGUCAGAGGGAAUGGAUAUAGACCAAAAUUCCAGCGCGAUUUUUGAAGAUGUGGAAAAGAGCGAUUUCAAGAGUGAAUUUAGUUCUGAUUUCUCUAUGUUCUCGCCCCCGAUGCACUGUGAGUCGAAGGCCAGCCCGUCACCAGAGAAGGCGGGCUCGGAGAGAGAACUGAGGCUGCUGCAGCGAGAGAGGCUGAGUGGAGAGAGGCUGAGCGAGGCCCCCUUCCCCUCCCCGUACGAGCAGCCCAGACACAUCCAGUACGCCUCCCACUUCCCCAUCCCCCAGGAGGAAUCGGCCAGCCACGAGUGUAACCAGCGGCUGGUGGUACUGUACGGUGUGGGCAAGCAGCGGGACGAAGCACGGCACCUCAUCAAAAAAAUAACCAAAGAUACACUGAAAGUGCUGAACAAGAAGGGCACCGCGGAGACUGGCGGGGAGGAAGGACAGAAGCGGAAAAGAAAUAAGCCAGAAGCGUUCCCUACAGCUGAGGACAUAUUUGCCAAAUUCCAGCAUCUUUCACACUUCGACCAGCAUCAAGUUACCUCUCAGGUCUCGCGCAAUGUGCUGGAGCAGAUCACCAGCUUUGCCUUAGGAAUGUCCUUCCACCUGCCGCUGGUCCAGCACAUCCAGUUCAUCUUCGACCUGAUGGAGUACUCGCUGAACAUCAGUGGUCUGAUCGACUUCGCUAUCCAGCUGCUGAAUGAGCUGAGUGUGGUGGAGGCCGAGCUGCUGCUGAAAUCCUCCAGCCUGGUUGGCAGCUACACCACAGGCCUGUGUCUGUGCAUCGUGGCCGUGCUCCGGCGAUACCACUCCUGCCUCAUCCUCAACCCUGACCAGACCGCCCAGGUGUUUGAGGGUCUGUGUGGGGUGGUGAAACAUGGGGUUAAUCCUGCCGACUGCUCCUCCGCUGAGCGCUGCAUCCUCGCCUACCUCUACGACCUCUACACCUCCUGCAGCCACCUCAAGAGCAAGUUCGGGGAGCUCUUUGGCGAUGCCUGUUCCAAGGUGAAGAACACGAUCUACAGCAAUAUCGACCCGUCGGACUCGAACAUGCUGUGGGAGCCCGAGUUCAUGAUCGACGCCAUUGAGAAUCCCUCCGCUCACAACUUCAGCUACUCCAUGUUGGGCAAGAUCCUGAACGACAACCCUGCCAACCGCUACAGCUUCGUAUGCAAUGCUCUGAUGCAUGUGUGUGUGGGACACCAUGACCCUGACCGUGUGAAUGACAUCGCUAUCCUGUGUGCUGAGCUGACCGCCUAUUGCAAGGCUCUGAGUGCUGAGUGGCUCGGGGUGCUCAAGGCCCUGUGCUGCUCCUCCAACAACGGCACCUGUGGCUUCAACGACCUGCUGUGUAACGUGGACGUGAGUGAUCUGUCCUUCCACGACUCCCUGGCGACUUUCAUUGCUAUCCUGAUAGCCCGGCAGUGCCUGUUACUGGAAGAUCUGAUUCGCUGUGUGGCCAUCCCAUCGCUUCUCAAUGCAGCGUGCAGUGAGCAGGAUUCGGAGCCUGGGGCGAGGCUGACCUGCAGAAUCCUCCUGCACCUGUUCAGGACUCCACAGCUGAAUCCAUGUCACCAGGACAGCAAUAAACCUACUGUGGGCAUUCGCUCCUCGUGUGACCGCCACUUGCUGGCCGCCUCACAAAACAGCAUCGUGGUGGGAGCUGUCUUUGCCGUCCUCAAAGCAAUCUUUAUGCUGGGUGACGCGGAGCUGAAGGGCUCUGGGUUCACACAUGCUGGGGGGCUGGAGGAAGUGGCUGAGGACGAGGGGGCCGUGAAGAAGUCUGGCAGUCGCAGUGUGUCCAUUGAGACAGCCAGUUUAGACGUUUAUGCCAAGUACGUGCUGAAGAACAUCUGUCAGCAGGAGUGGGUGGGGGAGCGGUGUCUGAAGAGCCUUUGUGAGGACAGCAGUGCUCUGCAGGACCCUGUGCUCACUAAUAAGCAGGCCCAGCGCCUGCUGCAGCUGAUCUGCUACCCACACCGGCAGCUCGACAGCGAGGAGGGUGACAACCAGCAGCGGCAGCGCAUCAAACGCAUCCUACAGAAUCUUGACCAGUGGACGAUGCGUCAGUCCUCGCUGGAACUUCAGCUCAUGAUUAAACAGAGCGUCAUCAGUGAGAUGAACUCGCUGCUGGAAAACAUUGCCAAAGCCACCAUUGAGGUCUUCCAGAAAUCAGCGGAGAUGAACUCUGCCAAUCCCAGCGGGAAUGGGGCACACCCCGGAGUAGCCGUCCCUGUGGGCAACACCGUAACCAUCUCCAGCACCACAGCCAGCAGCAGCACGAGCAAACUGAAACCCCUGCUCAGCUCGUCGGAGAGGUCCGGUGUGUGGCUGGUGGCCCCACUGAUCGCUAAGCUGCCCACCUCAGUGCAGGGCCACGUGCUGAAAGCCGCCGGAGAGGAGCUGGAGAAGGGGCAACACCUGGGCUCAUCCUCGCGGAAGGAGCGAGACCGUCAGAAACAGAAGAGCAUGUCCCUGCUGAGCCAGCAGCCCUUCCUCUCCCUGGUGCUGACGUGUCAAGGGCAGGACGAGCAGCGAGAGGGACUCCUGACAUCGUUGUACAGCCAGGUUCAGCAGAUUGUAACCAACUGGCGGGAAGAUCAGUACCAGGACGACUGUAAGGCCAAGCAGAUGAUGCACGAAGCCCUGAAGCUGCGCUUGAAUCUGGUGGGGGGGAUGUUUGACACGGUGCAGCGCAGCACACAGGGGACCACCGAGUGGGCCGUGCUCCUCCUGGACAUUAUCAGCAGCGGGACAGUGGACAUGCAUUCCAACAACGAGCUGUUCACCACGGUGCUGGACAUGCUGAGUGUGCUAGUGAACGGGACCCUGGCUGCGGACAUGUCCAGCAUCUCGCAGGGCAGCAUGGAGGAGAACAAACGAGCCUACAUGAACCUGGUGAAAAAGCUGAGGAAGGAGCUUGGGGACCGUCAGUCCGAGAGUCUGGAGAAAGUGCGUCAGUUGUUGCCGUUGCCCAAGCAGACCCGGGACGUCAUCACCUGUGAGCCCCAGGGUUCCCUCAUCGACACCAAAGGCAACAAGAUCGCCGGCUUCGAUUCCAUCUUCAAAAAGGAGGGGCUGCAGGUGUCCACGAAGCAGAAGAUCUCCCCGUGGGACGUGUUUGAGGGGAUGAAGCACUCGGCCCCCCUGUCCUGGGGCUGGUUUGGGACGGUCCGUGUCGACCGCAAGGUCACCAAGUUUGAGGAUCAGCACCGGCUGCUGCUGUACCACACGCACCUCAAGCCCAAACCUCGCAGCUACUAUCUGGAACCCUUGCCCCUGCCCCCCGAGGAGGAGGAGCCCCCAGCCCCGGCUCCCCCCGAGCCCGAGAAAACUGCCGUGGAGCCCCCCAAACCAGAGAAACCCAACCCCACCGAGGAGAAGAAGAAAAAAAACACAACUAGGAAAAAACGGCCAGCGUCCACUGGAUCUUGGGGCUGGGGGCACAGGAUGCCGCCCUAUGGUGGGGGGGUACCAGCUGAUCUCCUAUCACACCCGCCCAGCAACCUAUACGGCCGUCUGCCUUACCAAGGCAGUGUGGGCAUCUACGCACAGAACCAGCCUCUGCCCGCAGGCGGGCCCCGGUUAGACACCAUCCCCUAUCGCACAGUCAGACCCUCCUUCAAAAUCAUCCAGACACGCCCACCCUACACAGCCACGCCCCCGAUGCUGGACCCCUCGCACUACAAGCUGCCCCAGUACAAGCCCCAGCCAUCCAUCCCCCAGGGGCAACAAGCCCUCCGACACCAACUACACGCCAGGCUGAAUGCCAGUGGGAUGUACGCACAGCAGGUGCGACAGGCAAACCCAGCCCAGCAGUACAGCUCCAUGGCCCAAUCUCAGAAUCUUUCCCAGGGAUAUACUACCUAUGGCUCUCACAUGGGGGGGAUGCAGCCACACCCCCCUCAGGCCAACAGCAUGGUUCCUCCUGCUUAUUCCAACCAGCCGUACCAGGGCAGCCUCCCCGCCAACAACCCCGUGGUGAUCGAUCAGGUCCGGCAGCUCCAGCAGAGACCCAGUGGAUACGUGCACCAGCAUGCGCCAGCCUACACACACGCCAUGCAGAACACACAGAGACUGUCCCACCAGCCUAUGCAACAGGGCCCCAUGAUGCCGGGCAUUAGUCACAUGAACCCCCAGAAUGUGCACCAGGCCAUGAGGCCAAGCCAACUGACACAGGAACACCAGUAUCUGCGACAGCAGCAGCAGUUGCUCAGACAGCAACAACAGCAGCAGCAACAACAACAGCAGCAGCAACAGCAGCAGCAACAACAGCAGCAGCAGCAACAACAACAACAGCAGCAGCAGCAACAACAACAGCAGCAGCAGCAACAACAACAGCAGCAGCAGCAACAACAACAGCAGCAGCAACAACAGGCUCAGCCCCAACCACAGGCUCUGGGGAUGCAGGCCAUCCCCCCUCAGCAGGCCAUGUUCCAGCGACAAGGAAUGCAACAAACACAGCAGCAACAGCAGACAGCAGCAUUGGUGCGCCAGCUACAGCAACAGCUCUCCAAUUCACAACCACAACAGAACAGCAACAGCUACUUUUAACGCUGGGACCUGGGGGAGGAGAUAGCUGUGCUCCCCACACACACAGCGAGGACAGCCUCUGGGCUCACUCCACCACCGAGGGCUACAUAACAAUGUACUGAGUUAGUGCGUCAGACUGAUGGAUGUGCUCAGUGGACAGUUUGUGUGUCUCUGACGAGUGCUGGGAAGCUGGGAGAGGUACCAGCACCUUACUUAUUGAAUUGUCUCCUGCUCUCCUGCUCUCCCCGUCCUCUGCUCCAUGGACACACACAGCCCCACCCCAGCCAUCAGCAUUGUGAGUCCUCCGCUGACUGGAGCAGAGCUGUAAUAUAGAGCCCUGUAUAUAUAUAUAUACAUAAAAAGCACUCUAUAAA